UCCCCGGCCUUCCUGUUCCCAGCAGUGCCCGGCUCCGGGCGUUUCUUCACUCUCCCGCGGUGCGCGCCGGCCCUGCCCCAGCCGAGGGCACGCGCGGCCAGGGCCGCAGCUGGGAGCCCCGCGCCUCGCGGACGGCCGCGCGACUCGGGUGAGCACCUCGCAGGCCUCAGUGUCUCUGGAGAGUCAGCCACCUGGUCUCCUGAUAAGCUUCCUAAAGAACUCUUUCUAGGAGCAGUGUGAGGAAGACAGAAUAGCCCUCUGGACUGGCAAAGCCACCUACCAAGCACUGCUGCCACCAUGCCCAAGAGAAAGGCAAAAGGGGAUGCUAAAGGUGACAAAGUGAAGGUGAAAGAUGAGCCACAGAGGAGAUCAGCACGGUUGUCUGCUAAACCUGCCCCCCCAAAACCAGAGCCCAGGCCUAAAAAGACCCCUGCAAAGAAGGGAGAGAAGCUGCCCAAAGGGAGAAAGGGGAAAGCAGAUGGUGGCAAGGACGGGAACAACCCUGCGAAAAACCGAGAUGCCUCCACGGUCCAGUCACAGAAAGCAGAAGGCACCGAGGAUGCCAAGUGAAGUGUACUUUUUUGAUAGCUCUGUACUUCUGGUGACUCUGCUGUUUGAAAUACUAUUUUUUUUUAAAUCAACUUUUAUAAAUAUGUAGAAUUUUUUCUUUUUAAGUUAUGUUGUUAGCACACAGGACACUUUGGUGUUGUCUUUUGUGGAAAGGGCAAAUACCACUAAUAGAAUGUUUCAGAAGCUGGAUUAAAAUGGGGGAAAAUAGGAUUUUCUAUCCUCAUUUUUGAAGAUUAUUCUUGGUUCCCAGGAGAGAUUCUCUGACAUUCGCACACAAGUCAGCCACUUUGGCUCACAAGCCUUACAGUGUGGGGAAGCAUACUUUGUGUCUUUGCCUUUCCUGAUGCCAUCAGCAUACACUUGACUUUCUGAAACCAAGAGUCAUGGUUUCAGAAAACCAGAAUCCCUAAAAUCAGGUGUGUUGGGUAAUAACACUCAGGCCUUCUGGUAAAGACAACGAGAUGAUGUUGCUCAAAAGAGCCAAGAUUCUUGUUUGUAGUCUGUGGAUUAUCCCAUUGAUAAUCCUGGGGUUUUUAGUUCCUUUUCUCCAAGUCGGAAAUGACAUGUGAAAAGCUCUUACAUGCCUCGUGUGAAAUACCCACCCCUUCUGAAAACUUUUCCUGUUCAAAGCAGCAACAGAAGACUGUUGACUUUUUGGGGAGGAGAGUUUGGAAAUUGUAAAAUAUUAUGGAUUGUAACCCAUGUCCUGCUGGAAAUAACUGUUUUUGAAAAAUAUCUUAUGAAGGUGGAUACAAGUUGGCUUGGUGGUAGGGGGGAUCAUUUCCUACCCAAGUUGUAAAGAUAUUCUUUACUGCCAUAUAAAAGUUUUACAAUUUUGCUUUUCACAUUUAUCUUUAGUCUUUAGAACUGAUUUUUGUGAAAAGUGUGAGACAGAAGUUCAAUAUAUAUUUUUUCCAUAUGGAUAAGUAGUUGUCCCAGCACCAUUUUCUGAAAAGUUCACCCUUUCCCCACUGAGCUGUAACACUGGCUCUUUCAUAAAUCAAGUUUGUGUGUUUAUGUGGGUCUGUUGAUGGUUUCUGUUCUGACUCACUGGUCAAUUUGUCUAACCUUGUGGCAGUACUCUGAUACAAUCCAGAGUACUACAACUUUAGAAAAAGGUCUUGAUAUCUGAGGACAAAUUCCACCUCCACCUCCAACAUCAACAUCAGAUUUUUCUUCCUUGGGAGUAUCUUGGCUAUUUUUAGCCAUUUGCUCUUCCCUACAACUUCUAGAAUUAGAUUGACAAGUUCUAAAUCAA